CGUUAUCGUUCGCGGGGAUCCGCACUGAUCCGCAUAUCCACAGUGAUCUGUGAUAUGGUUGUGAUGAUGGAGUUUGCGUUCGGCAUGGUAGAUAUCUGCUGACGGAAAGAUAUAUCAAAAUACAUGCUUUGCAGCGACGUGCAAUCUGUUAUAUUGUGUAACUCGUGAUAUCAUUCUGAUAUAAAUAAUCAAGGCUAUCUAGAAAACAGAUGAGAAAAUACUGUAGCAUUAAUCGGUAAAGAUGCCAGUCGGAGUAUUUCCAGCCCUCAAAUUGGGUGUACUGUUUGUCAAACAGAUCAGUAAACCUUUAGCUAAAUUUCUUGUCAAUCAAGCAAAAAGUCGUCCUAUUUUCAGAACUUAUUUCAUCAUACCACCCGCUCAAUUUUAUCAUUGGGCAGAAGUAAAAGCAAAAAUGUAUGUCAUGAAUCUUGGUAAGCCUACAAAGGUUGCCAAGUUAAAUGAAGCAAUGGCAAUCGAAUUAGGCGCCAGUCUAAUAGGUGAAUUGAUUAUCUUCAGUGUAGCUGGAGCAUGUGUGAUAUUGGAGUACAACAGGCAAGUCACAAAAGAGACGAAGAAAGAGGAGCUCCGUCAAAUGCAAAUACAAAAGUUUACGGAUGAUAUUCAAGCGUUACAUAACAUUUCAUUACAACAAGAAACACAAAUUCACUAUUUACAAAAUGCAAUCCAUGAAUUAGCAAAACAUACGAAGCACAAGCUACCUGAACUGAUUUCACGGCCAACAAAUAAUAGCAGUAAUAAUUUAGAAGACGAUAUGAGAAAGAAUUAUAAUAAAAAUAGCAACAAUUCAAUGGAAGCAAAUCCAGGAAGUGAGAACACAUCGUUAAUACAGCGUGCUAUAGUGUAUUAUAAUAAAGAAUUGAAAGAAGAUAAGCUUAGAUAAGUGAUAUUUUAUACUUCUUUUCAAGAUGUACGAAAUACAAUACGUACAUAUUUGAAAAUAUAGAUG